CGUUAAUAGGUCAGUCAGUAAAGCAAAGGCAGCUUCAGGCUAACGACCGUCGGAACGGAAAUGCCAUCGUCUUUACUCAACAUCGCGCUGGUUUCGAUUAUACCGUUUUUUAUUGCAUUGCAUUUCGGAGUGGUGUCAGCCGAAGGGAAUGGACGAGGAUUUGGUGACCACAUUCACUGGCGAAGCCUUGAGGAUGGGAAGAAGGAGGCUGAAGCAAGUGGACUGCCACUGAUGGUCAUUGUUCACAAGACUUGGUGUGGUGCGUGCAAAGCACUAAAGCCCAAGUUUGCUGAAUCGAAAGAGAUCUCAGAGCUGGCCCACAAUUUUGUCAUGGUUAACUUGGAGGAUGAAGAGGAGCCAAAAGACGAGGCUUUCAGUCCAGAUGGGGGUUACAUUCCUAGAAUACUUUUCCUUGAUCCCACAGGUAAAGUCCACUCUGAAAUCACAAACAAGAAUGGGAAUCCCAACUACAAGUACUUUUACAGCAGUGCAGAUCAAGUUGUGACUAGCAUGAAGGAUGCUCAAGAGAGGCUGACUGGAGAUGCCUUCAGGACCGCUCACAUUGGAGAUGAACUGUAAGCAGGUCCGAGGUUGGCAUUGAAAGAGCUCAACCAGUUCACUAAAUCACUCCUCUGGGCACACUAGAUUCAUCUCCAACCUCAAUCUCUCCUGUCUUUUCAUUUGAUCUGCUGUGGCACAAGACUAGCUUCAACAGUGAAGGAAUUCAGAGAACCAAAGCAUACUUUGUCCGUGUCACAUAAAGGGUGCUAAAAAAAAAAAUCUGCAUUUCAAAAAUUUACAGCUGAUGAGUUAUAUUAUUGUUAUUAUUGUUAUUAUUAUUAUGUUGAAAACAGGAAGAUGUGGUGGAAUAGACCCUGAACUGCAUUCACAAGGCAAUUUUCAUGUGCUUCCAAGCCUUAUCUUGCAAGCUGCAGUGAAACGUAUUGUUAGCCAGUCACAUAUUUGAAGGGCCAAAGUGUAUCUGCCUAGAAACUAGCAUUGUGAUAGGUUUUCUUGUUUUUUUUUUUUAGCACAACAGUCCUGCUAAGUUACGAUUAUUAGAAAUUAUAAUAUUUCCUUUCCAACUUUGUGUAUUUUAGUCGACAAUAUAUGGAGUUGCCUUUUGGUUUUAAAAGACAGAUUUUUAAUACCUGUAAAUGAAGACCUUUAAUGAAAACUGGCAUUUCUAAUUUUUUUUUCUUUUUGGAUUAAGAGGGAAUUGUCUUUGCCAUAUUGUAUUUUUACCAAUAUGUAAAAUGAGGCUACAAAUAAAGUU